AUGCUUGCUGUGGAAAUAGCUGUUAGCCUACUUGUUGCCUGCGGGAUAUCGUUGAUAUGGAAGGUGGUCACUCGCUGGGUCAAGCAGACCCCGCUCCGCAAUAUUCCCGGACCUCCCAGCAAGUCUCUCUGGUCGGGUAAUAUGAGCCAAGUUCAUGAUCACCACGGCUGGAAAUUCCAUGCCGAUAUUGCGGCCGACUAUGGCAGAAUUGUGAAACUCAGCGGGAUCCUCGGCGACUCCUUCCUCUACGUCAGCGAUACUCGGUCGCUCUAUCAGAUCCUCUUCAAAGACUCAGCUGCUUUCGAAGAACCGUCAGAAUUGAUCGAGUCUGGCGUCGACUCUAGGGACCACCACAAGCGACAGAGGAAACUCCUGAACCCUGUAUUUUCUAGCAGCCACAUGCGCUACAUGACCCCGAUAUUCGAUCGGAUAGCCCACCAACUUCGGGACAUCCUGUCAGGAAAGGUCGGGGACGGUAAUGGAAAGGCCGAGGUCGACAUCAUGGAUUGGAUGACGCGCGCUGCUCUCGAGAUUAUAGGUCAAGGCGGGCUCGGGUACUCGUUCGACACCAUGAACGUCAACGCCAACAAUGCAUACGCUAAUGCUACGAAGACCCUCCUACCGACAAUUGCAUCUCCUCACAUGACAGUUCCUGCCGUAUGUGGUCAAGGUCGGAAACACCGCUUUCCGAAGGCUCGCCGCCCGAUAUCUCCCAUGGAAAACAUGGCAAUAACUUGUCGGCAUCGUGGAUGUCAUGGAUCAUACUUCUCGCGACGUAUUCGAGAGUAA